GCACCGACAACACCCGCACCGACAACACCCGCACCGACAACACCCGCACCGACAACACCCGCACCGACAACACCCGCAACUGAAUGUAACUUCAUCUGUCCAGAAAAUGGAUUUUAUCCUCAUCCACGCAAAUGCUCGCAGUAUGUUUCUUGUGCCAACUCAGUGGCUUAUGUUAAGCAAUGCCCAACUGGUCUUCAUUACAAUCCGGUAAGCAAGAACUGCGACUGGCCUCAGGAUGAAGGUUGCACUGAUGAUGAGGAAGCAUCCUGCACCUUGUCUAAUCCUGCAGCUCCACCAACACUUCCUAAUCCAAAUGAACAAAUCUGUGACUGCGAGUGUUGUCUGAAGCCUCAUCCAGAUGACUGUACAUCAUAUUAUUAUUGUGCACCUGGAGCCGAUGCUCAGUUCCAUGCCUGUUCAGAUGGUCUAGUGUUCCAUCCUGAAUUCAAGCAAUGUGUCCUUCAAACGCAGUUCCCUCAGUGCCAGCCAGAAGUACCACCAACAUGUGACCCAACUUGCGAGUGUGUUUAUCCAGCUGAAGUCUGUUCAGAGUAUUUCAAAUGUAACAGAGAAGGAACACCCAUCAAGCACGAAUGCACUGGAGGCCUUCUCUUCAAUGACAAAAUCCAUAGCUGUGACCUUCCUCAGAACGUAGAGUGUUCUGGAACUCGUCGCAAGAGAAGCCUCACAAACGACGGUGCUCCUCAACAGUACGUGACAGCUGAAGAAUGUAAGCACCCUGGAGGGCAAAUUCGCUGUGGAAGGAAACCCCCAACGCCUACUACUUUGCUCUCACGGUACUGCUCACCUCAUGCGCUGUCCCGACCUCGUGAUGGGGUCAUGCAUAGGAUAUACUUGCCUACUAUACCCAUAGUAGGGAAGCAUUUUUCAGACAAAGAUGAAGUAAAAGUGUAUGACCGUAGAGGUGUCACUAAUCCUUCCUCCAGGAAAAAAGGGCUUAGAGACGUAGUAUAUGUAUCUACACACCCCGGAUACAAUGACACGAAGGUUAUCAAAAGUCUUUUACAGAAAAUUUUAAAUGCCCCAUUGCAAGGAAAUAUUCUUCAGGUCUCAAUGAAAGCCAACACGGUGCAGGACAAUUUUCCAAGGGAAUCCAUCGCAGUGAAGACGGGGAUUCCCCGCUCGAUGCCCCGUCCCCCCAACCGGGUCAUUUCCGCCCCAGUCUCCCCUAAACCCUCCGCCACCGCCCUGGGCUAG